CAGACACUCAACGGGUGAAGUCAUCCAGGCUGAAAGUUUUCGACUUCUGAGCACAGUCAUUUAAAGAGGUGAUUCUGUAUGAGCUUGUUACGCAGUUUUCGAAUGCAAAGGCUUCGCGAUUUCAUUUUCCGUACUGGACGGAUUUUGACCUGCGUUUAUCUGCUUCCGUCGGACAAGCAAUACGAGAGGAAAAACUCUGCUGUAUUUCCAUCCAAGUUCUGGUGAAUAAAGAGAAUAUUGUAGUUUGGGUUUCGCAAAGAAAAUAAGUGGAAAAGAACAGCUUGGAUAUCUCAAUUUGUACCAAUGGCUUAAGAGAACGGAUCGAGUUUUUCCAUUGCCAUAUCUGUUUUAAGGCUCCAGCCACAUCUAUCAAUGGACUUGUUUGAAACUGAGAACGUCUUACCUUUGAUUCCCGACUUCAGAAAGACUGCGUAACUUGAAGUGGGUUCGCUUCCCUGAAUUAUUGAUUGUUGAGAAGACUUUAAAACCUGUUGUGCCAGUGUUUCUAUGGCAUGGGAAUUUCGACAUAAGAAGGGAACGCAUUUUAUUACAUAAUGUGUGGUAUAUGUUAAUAAACUGUUAAAGGUACAAGUUUUUUGCUUCAGAAAUAUAGACACUGGUUACAGUAUUUCGGAUAUCAACGCAGCCUUUUACUUCUGGAAGAAAAGGGAAGCGCCUUUAGUCUGGUUUUCGCAAGACGUCAGAACGGAUUUCCAUCUCAUCUCUGCGCCACGGAGUCGGACUGUCUAUCUGUUGUUAAUAAAGUGCUGUAGGAUAGCAUGGCAAUGGUAGUAAACCAGUGGCAGGAGAACAUUUCAGCAGAUCCAGGGUCCCAGCUCCAGAUUUGCAACCAGGAGCCAGGCGGGACACCGGGAACACCCUCCGGGUCCACUCCAGGGAAUGAUGCCCUUUCCGGUGACAAAAUACCCAACGUGGACUGUAUGGUGUGCGGUGAUAAGUCGAGUGGCAAGCAUUACGGCCAAUUCACCUGCGAAGGUUGCAAGAGUUUUUUCAAGCGUUCAGUGCGUCGGAACCUGAGUUACACCUGCAGAGGAAAUCGAGACUGCCCCAUCGACCAGCACCAUCGGAAUCAAUGCCAAUAUUGCCGCUUAAAGAAGUGCCUAAAAGUUGGAAUGAGGAGAGAGGCUGUCCAGCGAGGACGCAUGUCCAACUCCCAGUCCAGCCCUGGACAGUACCUGACCAAUGGCAGUGAGGCGUACAACGGGCAGCCCUAUCUGUCGGGCUUCAUCUCUCUGCUGCUGCGGGCAGAGCCAUACCCAACCUCCCGCUACGGCGCCCAGUGCAUGCAGUCCAACAACCUGAUGGGCAUCGAGAACAUCUGCGAGCUGGCCGCCCGCCUGCUCUUCAGCGCCGUGGAGUGGGCCAAGAACAUCCCCUUCUUCCCCGACCUGCAGCUCAUGGACCAGGUGGCGCUGUUGCGCAUGUCGUGGAGCGAGCUGUUUGUGCUGAAUGCUGCCCAGUGCUCUAUGCCCCUGCAUGUGGCUCCCCUGCUGGCCGCUGCCGGCCUGCAUGCCUCGCCCAUGUCCGCCGAGCGCGUGGUGGCCUUCAUGGACCACAUCCGAGUCUUCCAGGAGCAGGUGGAGAAGCUCAAGGCCCUGCAGGUGGACACGGCCGAGUACUCCUGCCUCAAGUCCAUCGUGCUCUUCACUUCUGAUGCAAUGGGUCUGUCAGAUGUGGCCCACGUGGAGAGCAUCCAGGAGAAGUCCCAGUGUGCCCUGGAGGAGUACGUGCGUAACCAGUACCCCGGCCAGCCCAACCGCUUCGGCCGCCUGCUGCUCCGGCUGCCUUCCCUGCGCAUCGUCUCCUCUCCCGUCAUCGAGCAGCUCUUCUUCGUUCGGCUGGUGGGGAAGACGCCCAUCGAGACCCUGCUGCGCGACAUGUUGCUCUCCGGCUCCAGCUACAACUGGCCCUACAUGCCCGUCCAGAGGGAGCGGCCGCUUCCCCUCCACUACAACGAGAAUGGGCCCUGACCGUGGCCCUGACCGUGGCCCCCGAACAUACUCCACAUCAGUGCUUGUUUCAAAUAAUGCCCCUGACCAAAUGCUCUGAUGUGCUCAAUGGAUCAGACGCACACAAUCCAGCACACAAAUGUAAGUACAGUUGGAUUCAGUGGAGACUGACACAGCAAAAGGACAUGUGCUGAUGUGGCUCUAUCAAGAGCAAGCUAUUUCAGCAUUUCAGGAACCUGUUACUGAUAGCAGGUUACACAGCAAUAUCUCCAGAUCAAUAAAAAGAAACUUGAUUUGGCAACAGACCUACUUGGCUGAGAAAGCCAAAUCUUUAUCUCUCUGAAGCCAUCAUCUGAAGGUUUUAAUAAUUAAGAAUUUAAAGCCACAACAAACCUCCAGCAAGCCAAUGCCAAAUAUGCCAGGACAAUCAUAAAACUUUGAAGGCAUUUAAGGUUCACUACCAGCUACCAGUGAAUGGAAGUUCAGCAGAAUGGUUUGGGUAGGCAGGGUGUUGGACAGAUAUACCAUCCAGGAUCUAUUGAACAUACAUUGCCAAAGCAGAGGCAUUCUGUAGGUUUUAUUUGCAAGGAGUGGGACUUCUGUGGAAAGAGACAAAACAAUACAAACAUGUUAUAAAGGUCUUGUGCCACUCAUUUGAUAACAACUCAGAUAUAUCAAGGCUUCAGUCUUUGUGGGACAUGGUAAUAAAGGUAUUACUGGGAACAAGGAACCAAAACGUUAGAACACUGCAGGGACAGAAUGGGCAGAAAGGUGUGCCACUCUUGGUGCAAUGAAUAACAAACUAUCUUUCACUCCACAGACAUAAAUCAUGUCAUACACCGACACUGCUAUCUUCUAAUCUGUAAAACUCUGUGAAAAUUUACAGGCAACUUAUAGGUAGCAAGGACCUAUUGUAGUGUAGACACUAUUUUUGUGUUAUCCUCAAUAAGAUAAACAAUACAAUACAGCUCAAAUCAUUUGAACUACUGUCUAAUGCUGUGAAAUUGCACUACAGCAUCAGAAGUACAGAACAUUUGGAAUUUGUAAGCCAUUGGGACAGUGGACACAAGGACCCAUCUGUCUUGGGAUUGUUUGUAGUUAAAAUAAUUUCUAUGAGAGUUUGUUUUGUUUCUCUAUUUCUUGUUUUUUGUUGGGAAGGCGGUCUGGAUCCAUUGGAUUAAAAUAAAAUUUGCAGUUAAAAAAUA